AUGGUACAACUCGUCACAGUAGCUCUGCACCAUCGAGACCACUUUUCCGUCGGGAAUGCUCGACGAGUCUUCGACAAGCAGGCCUAUCACUGGAGCAUCAUGAUCAUACCCGAGGGAGGCCAGUCGGAGAACUGCCACUCCUUCGAUGCCACCGACGCCUCCCACAUCAACCCCGUCACCUUCCGCAUGAACAACCCUACCAUGGACUGGUGGUUCCGGUCCGAGCUGGACAUCAAACCGCAGCGCCAUGAGAAGCUACUGGGACGCAUCGUCAUCGGUGAGAUGCCCGACGAGGUGUCGGGCGAGGAGCUGGGCGACUUCUUCCAAGGGAUCCCCCUGCCCAUGAAGAACACGAAUCCCCAGCAGAGCUCCGUGACGUGGAUCAUGGACGCCAUCCAGGCCCUGCAGGAGAAGGGCUGGACCCACGAUUUUGAUUUGGACCGCUUUAAGAACUUUGCUGUCACUUAUGCUGAUGAGAAGAUGAAGGGCGCCGAGGCCGAGGAACCAGAUUUGAAGUUUUAUGAGAGUUGGAAGGCUUCUGUUCUUUAG